UUACACACACACACACAAUAUUAGCAACAAUGGCAAAGGCCCUUGUUCUUUUUCAGCUUUCAGUUUUAUUACUUAGCUCAUUCACAGUAGUUCUUAGCCAGGAGGAAGGCAUUGGGGGUUGGUUUAUAGACAAACAUCAUGGCCACUUUCCACCAGCUGAAGCCCCUAAAGCUCACAAAGGCUACCACCACCCCAAAUAUUCCCCAGCCCCUUCACCAUCUUAUACUCCUUCAAAACCACCAACUAAACCUCCCACUUACAGUCCAUCAAAACCACCAGCUAAGCCGCCAGUUAAACCACCAACUAAGCCUCCCACUUAUAGUCCAUCAAAACCACCAGCUAAGCCACCAGUUAAACCACCAACACCAUCACCUUAUCCUGCUCCUAUUACUAGGAAACCUGUAGCUGUACGUGGCCUUGUUUACUGCAAACCGUGCAAGUUUAGAGGGGUUAAAACUCUAAACCAAGCUUCCCCACUCCUGGGAGCGGUAGUGAAGCUAGUAUGCAACAACACAAAGAAGACAUUAGUGGAACAGGGCAAGACAGACAAGAAUGGUUUCUUCUGGAUCAUGCCCAAACUCUUGUCCUCAGGAGCUUACCACAAAUGCAAGGUGUUCUUGGUCUCAUCAAACAAUACUUAUUGCGAUGUCCCAACAGAUUACAAUGGUGGAAAAUCUGGUGCUUUGUUGAAAUACACCCCACUUCCCAAGCCACCAGCAGCUAGCUCUCUCCCUGUAAAACCCCCCACAUAUGAUGUCUUCACUGUUGGGCCUUUUGGUUUCGAACCCUCAAAGAAGGUGCCUUGCAAAAAGUAACUUGGGAAAUUAGAAAGAUAGGAAGGAAAAUAUGUCGAAGGAGUUAAGUGUUGAAGAAAGACGAAGUUGUACCUGUUUCUUGUGUUCUUGUUAUUUCAUUAAUAAAUGAAGCAAAAGGAAAGAACUUAGUUUUCUUGUUUUCCUA